UUCUCUGGUGAUGGAGACACUGGAGGAAGCUGAACUGUGCUUUCCACAGCUCAACACCUCAUGCAAGAAGCGCCCACGCAGUCAAACCGAGUCCGUGCUGAUCUAUUCCCUGCUGCCCUGCUUUUCUCUGAUCACUGUGGUUCUCAACCUGCUGGUCAUCAUCUCCAUCUCCCACUUCAGGCAGCUCCACACUCCCACCAACCUCCUCCUCCUCUCUCUGGCUGUCUCUGAUUUCCUUGUUGGUCUCCUCGUGUCACCUUUUCAGAUUCUUUUAGCUGAACCCUGCUGGCUCCUGGGUGACUUAGCGUGUGUUUUGUGCUCACUUCUACCCUUUAUCAGUGUUCCUGCAUCAAUAGUAAGCAUGGUGCUGAUAUCAGUCGACCGUUAUGUGGCCAUCUGUAUCCCUUUAAGUUAUUACAACAAAAUCACCCAAAGGACAGUUAAACGUUUUAUUCUCCUGUGUUGGUUUUACUCUGUUCUCUAUAACCUUCUGUUUUUAAUUGAUAACCUGAGGCAAAUAGGCAGAUUUAACUCUUGCUAUGGAGAAUGUGUGAUUAAUGUAAAUGGAGCUGUAGACAUUGUGAUAAGCUUCAUCAUCCCCAUCUCAGCCAUCAUCAUCCUGUAUGUGAGGGUGUUUGUUGUGGCUGUGUCUCAAGCUCGUUCCAUGCGCUCCCACGUUGCAGCUGUUAAACUGCAGCGUUCACUGACUGUGACUGUUCAGAAGUCAGAGCUGAAAGCAGCCAGGACUCUGGGUGUGGUUGUUGUUGUGUUCCUCAUGUGCUACUGUCCAUAUUAUGGUAUCUCUCUCUCAGCCUACAACUUCAUGAUGGGUUCUUUGGCGAACACCUUCAUAUUCUUUCUGGUGAUAAUUAACUCCUGUCUGAAUCCUGUGAUUUAUGCCUUUUUCUACCCAUGGUUCAGAAAAUGUGUCAAACUGAUUAUUACCCUUCAGAUACUGAAGUCUAAUUCCUGUCAGGCCAAAGUACUGAAGUAAACUAUGUGUUACUAUGUUUGUAUUUGGCUACAGAACAUGUUUGUGAGCUCUGUCAAGUGCC